AUGUCCAUACAAACAUUAUUCAAACAGCACUGUAUUGUUCCCGAUGUAUUAACUACAGCUCCAACUGAACUAUUGGAUAUACAGUACCAGAGUGGUGUUUGUGUCGAAAUGGGUAAAGAAUUAACCCCCACUCAAGUUAAAGAAAAACCCAUAGUAAAGUGGACUGCGAAAGAAUCUGAAUAUUAUACGUUGGCUAUGGUUGAUCCCGACGCACCGAGUCGCGAAAACCCCAAGUUUCGUGAAUGGCAUCACUGGCUUGUGGGAAAUAUUUAUGGAAGUAAUAUGAAUAAAAGUGAAGUAUUAUCUGAUUAUAUAGGCUCUGGGCCACCUAAGGGAACGGGAUUACAUCGAUAUGUGUUUCUACUGUACAAGCAAACGGAAAGGUGUGAUUUUUCCAAAGUGCCAAAAUUGCCAAAUAAUUCUGGAGAUAAAAGAGGUAAAUUUUCCAUUGCAAAGUUUGCCCAACAAUUCAAAUUGGGCAUUCCAGUUGCUGGAAAUUUUUAUGUUGCUAAAUAUGACGAUUAUGUGCCUAAAUUAUACUCAAAAUUAAAAGGCUAA